UUGCCAGCUGAGCGCGUGCGUGUGUGUGUUCGUGUUUGUGUUGGUGUGGUGCGUGCGUGGGUCUAAAUUUUGGAUUUAGCUCCGAUUUUGCUCCGACUUGGACCCGGAUCUCGAUUUGGAUUUCGAUCUCGGCGACAACGAUGCGACUGGACGCGGCCUGGACUCUGCUGGCCUGCCUGCUGCUGCUCGGCAGCGGCGGCGCCCACGCCUGGCACUCGGAGGAGCUGGAGAUCUUCGACCUGGUCGAGGAGGUGAAUCGCAACUUCUACGAGUUCAUGGGCAUCAAUCAGACGGCCACGGGCGCCGAAAUAAAGCGCGCCUUCCGCACCCUCUCCAUCGUCCUGCAUCCGGACAAGAAUGCCGCCGAGGACGCGAACAUCCAGUUCCGCAACCUGGUCUCCAUCUACGAGGUCCUCAAGGAUCCCUCGCGUCGCGAGAAGUACGACCGCGUGCUGAAGGAGGGCAUGCCCAACUGGAAGUCCGCCCUCUACUACUACCGCCGCAUGCGCAAGAUUGGCCUGUACGAGGGCGCCUUCAUCCUCUUCCUGAUCACCACCGUGGGCCAGUACCUGUUCGCCUGGGCCGCCUACCUCGAGAAGAAGUACACCGCCGAGCAGGUGUUCGGCACCAAGCUGAAGAAGCUGCAAAAGAAGAACAAGAACAUCGACAUGGACGUCAUACUCAGCGAGAUCCCGAUGCCCUCGCUCCUCAACACACUGCCCAUCCAGAUCCCAGUGGCGCUGUGGAACCUGCCGCGCACCAUCAAGAACGGAUUCAGCAAGGCCAACGAGCUCAAGGAACUGGCGCUGGAGAAGCGCAGGCAGGAACUGGAGGCUGCCCGUCGCCAGGAGGAACUGGAGCGGGAGGCCGAGGAGCAGGCACGUUUGCGAAAGGAGCACAAGGAGAACCUGCGCAAACGCAAGCAGAACAGCAAGGCGCCGGAGAAGACCGAGGAGGAGCUGCGCGGCUACUCGCAGAUCCAGGCGCGUGAGAUGACCGACGACGAUGCAGUUCGUCCUGCUUCCCAGAAGAGCACUGUCAGCGGCGGCUUCUGGACGGACGAGGAUCUCACCGAGCUGAUUCGCCUGGUGAAGAAGUACCCGGGCGGAGCCGGCAGUCGGUGGAACACCAUCGCCGAGUCGAUGAACCGCAGCGUCCAGGAGGUGACUUUCAUGGCGGCCAAGAUGAAGGAGAAUGGCUACCGCAUUCCCGGUCAAACGGACAGUGUGGCCGAGAAUCUCGUCCAGGAGUCGCAGCAGGCGCAGCGCAAGGAGAAGGUGAAGAAGGCGACGACUGCUGCGCCCGCCACUGCAGCGGGUCCCGCGGAGAAGAGCAUGCUCAUUCCGGAGACCAACUGGACGCAGGAGCAGCAACGUGCGCUGGAGGCGGCGAUAGUCAAGUACCGGAAGACGGCCGGCGGCGAUCGCUGGCAGAAGAUCGCCAAUAGUGUGCCGGAGAAGACCAAGGAGGAGUGCCUGGUGCGCUACAAGUAUCUCUGCGAGCUGGUCAAGACGCAGAAGCGGGCCGAGGAGGAGGCCAACGAGCCGGACGAGGAUGCGGCUGCCAUAGAGGAGGAGCUGCCCGAGGAGGAGCCGCUGGCGCUCCCAGAACCGGAAGCGGUAGCGCAACCGGAAGCCCCAGCCGCCAAGAAGCUGAGCAAGCGGGAGCAGCGGCGCCGCAAGCGAGAUCUGUCCAGCGGCGAGGACUCGGACGAUGCAUAUCAGUACGAGAUCAGUUAGUCGGCUCAACGACUAACCCCCCGUCCUCCUCGCGUGGCUCAACCUAGAUGUAACUGAAUUUUUUUAUACUUUGCUCUAAAGACUCUCUGGCAUGGCAUUUGGACCAUCCUGAUCCUACUCCGCGGCCCGAUCCUGUGCCCCCUUCCCUUAGCUUCCCUUCCCAUCCUCGUGUGUAGCGCUUAUCUUAUGUUUUGUACAUAAUUCUAUCUUGUAAUCAUCUUAAUGUCGAUUAAUUCCUUUGCUAAGUAAACGAAAUGUGGAAGGAAGUGGA